AUGAGGGGCCUCAUUACUCUUUCGCUGGCCUGCGUCGCAGCUGCAGCUCCAUCCUACAGCUCCUACAACGAGGGCGCUCCCGUCAUCGCCGCUGCUGAUGCCGAGCACAUCCCCAACUCCUACAUCAUCAAGUUCAAGAAGCACGUUUCACAUGACGCAGCACAGGACCACCACUCCUGGGUCCAGAACGUUCACACUACCAGCGAAGAGUACCGUCAGACCGAGCUGCGCAAGCGUGGCCUGUUCUCGUCAGGGUCGGAUGAAGAGGUCUCUGCCUACAGUGGCUUCAAGCAUGCCUACAAGAUCGGCUCCGAUUUCUUGGGCUAUGCUGGUCACUUUGAUGACUCUGUCCUCGACCAGAUCCGCAAGCACCCCGACGUCGAGUACGUCGAGCGGGAUCAGAUUGUUCGCACCCUAGAGGACCCCGAACCAGUCACAGAGAAGAACGCCCCAUGGGGUCUGGCUCGUAUCUCUCACCGUGCUAGCCUCUCCUUUGGCACCUUCAAUAAGUAUGUCUACGCCGAGGACGGCGGUGAGGGUGUCGAUGCCUACAUCAUCGACACUGGUACCAACACUGAGCACGUUGACUUCGAGGGUCGUGCCCACUGGGGCAAGACCAUCCCCUCUGGUGAUGCUGACGUUGAUGGCAACGGUCACGGCACUCACUGCUCUGGUACCGUCGCUGGCAAGAAGUACGGUGUCGCCAAGAAGGCUUCUGUUUACGCGGUCAAGGUUCUCCGCAGUAACGGCAGCGGUUCCAUGGCUGAUGUUAUGAAAGGCGUCGAGUGGGCCGCCGAGUCUCACUUGAACGCCGUCUCUGCUGCCAAGAACGGAAAGCGCAAGGGCUUCAAGGGCUCUGUUGCAAACAUGUCUCUUGGUGGUGGCAAGUCUCCUUCUCUCGACCAGGCUGUUAAUGCUGCCGUCGAUGCUGGCCUCCACUUUGCCGUUGCUGCCGGUAACGACAAUGCUGACGCUUGCAACUACUCCCCCGCUGCCGCUUCCAAGGCCAUGACCGUCGGUGCUUCUGCCCUCGAUGACAGCCGUGCUUACUUCUCCAACUGGGGCAAGUGCGUUGACAUCUUCGGUCCUGGUCUCAGCAUUCAGUCCACCUGGAUUGGUAGCAAGACUGCCAUCAACACCAUCAGUGGUACUUCGAUGGCUUCCCCUCACUUGUGCGGUCUUACCGCCUACUACCUGUCUCUGCAGCCCAGCAAGGACUCCGAGUAUGGCCUCGCCUCCAUCACUCCCGAGCAGCUCAAGAAGGACAUCCUCAAGGUCGCCAGCAAGGAUAAGCUCAGCGAUGUUGGCACCAACUCCCCCAACCUGCUCGCCUUCAACGGUGCUGGCAAGAGCAACUACUCUGACAUCAUUGAGGCUAGCGAAUAG